AUGGAGACAAGGCGUGUUCAGGUUAUGAGAAGUGUAUUGGAUUAUUAUGAUUCAUCAGCAACAUAUGGAAGUGAAGAAGAAAUUGUAAUAAAGAAAGGUCCAUGGACAGAGGAAGAGGAUUCUGUUCUUAGCAAUUUCGUCAACGUCCACGGCGAAGGUCAUUGGAACUCCCUCGCUCGCUCUGCAGGUCUAAAGCGAACUGGUAAAAGUUGUCGACUAAGAUGGUUGAACUACUUGCGUCCAAAUGUUCGACGUGGGAACAUCACUCUUCAAGAACAACUCUUAAUUCUUGAUCUCCAUUCUCGCUGGGGCAAUCGGUGGUCUAAAAUAGCAGAACAAUUACCUGGGAGAACAGACAAUGAGAUCAAGAACUAUUGGAGGACGAGAGUGGUGAAGCAAGCAAGGCAACUCAAAUGUGAUGUAAACAGCAAACAGUUCAGGGACGCUGUGCGUUUUGUUUGGAUGCCACGUCUUGUGGAGCGGAUUCAAGCUUCUUGUGGGUCUGGUCCUGAUCAAACCACCCUUUGCAACACUCAAACUCAAAGUGGGGUCAAUCCCAUAAUGUUUUCAAUGGUUUCAUCGUACUCAUCAGGGGUUGAUGUUCAACCUCCCUCUCUCUCUCAUACAAGUACAAGCACAUCUUACAAUUUAAUGGGUGGUAGUAGCUGGUCAUCAGAUAGUGUAGAAAAGGGCUUCAUGUCAACCCCUCACAUUGACAUGCAAGCAUUUGAACCCGGCAAUGGUUUUGGUGAUGCAGACUUGUUGUGGACGGAUGAAAACAUAUGGUUCUUGCAGCAGCAUCUUGCUGAUGAUUUAUGA